AUGUCAGGCAAGGGCUUCGCAGCCAACAGUGGUGGCGGUUUCUCCAACGCCGAUGGCAAGUCGCAGAAUGCGACCCGGCAAUCCAUCUUUGAGAAGCAAAAAGCAGAGGCAGCAGCGAAGCGUCAGCGUGAGGCGGCUGAGACAAAAGCAGUUUACGAAGAUUUCGUCAAGAGCUUCGACCAUGACGACGACGACGACGACGACGGCUACGACAACCACAGCGGCAGCCACCGCAUCCGACGAGAUGGCGGCUUCUCCAAUAGCAGCCGUGGCGGUCCUCCUCGCCCAGGCUUCAGCGGCGGAGGCUCGCGGAGGCAUUUUGGUGCCUCCUCAGCCCUCAAGAGCGGCCCGGGUAGCCUAGGCCCUCCGCCGAGCGCCUUUGGCAAGAAGCGCCCCUUUCAAGACUUCAACAAGAGCUCAUCCCUACAACGCGAUCGAAGCGGUAUGGGCUUCGACGACAAUCGAAGCGGGCCGCCCGCGCCGCAGCAACAGCAGGCCAGUGCCUCCCUGAGCAAGGCGUUUGCGACGAGCGACGACGAGGACAUGGCGGAGGCGCAGGACAGGGAAGAGGAAAAGGCCGUGGCGCGGCCGACGCUGCGGCUGUCGGGCGUGCCGCCGGGGACGUCGCCGGCCGCGAUCAAGGCGAUGCUGCCCUCGAACCUGGUCGUGGACAAUGUCAAGCUGCUGCCGCCCCCACCGGGCACCGGGACGGAGCGCAAGAGCCUGGUGGUGAUUGUGACAAUGUCGCCGGAGACGCCUGCGACGGACAUGGACGCGGCCGUUAGCGCGCUACAAAACAGGUACAUGGGCUACGGCUACUACCUGGCGCUGCACAGGCACCUGUCCUCGGCGGUGGUGAGCUCGGCCGCGUUGCCGAGCCUGAGCGCGUCUGGCGCCUCGCAUCCGUUUGGCGCGAAGCCCGUGGAGCAGGCUGAGGUCGGCGGCAAGCACGCGCAGCAGCAGCACGGCUUCCACCGCGGGUUCGCGCCGCCGACAUCCUACGGGCCGAGCUACGUGGCGGUGAACCGCGCGACCCUCCUUCACGUGCCCGUCAAGCCGCCGCGCGACGUGCGCACGAUUCAGCUCAUCAACAUGGUCAUCGAGGGCGUUCUCGAACACGGCCCCGAGUUUGAGGCGCUGCUCAUGUCGCGGCCCGAGGUCCAGCGCGAGGAGAAGUGGGCGUGGCUCUGGGACGCGCGCAGCGAGGGGGGCGUCUGGUUGCGCUGGCGGCUCUGGGAGGUGGUGACGGGUGCGCAGCCCAAGGGCCAACGGGGCAAGUACGUGCCGCUGUUUGACGGGGCGCACGCGUGGAAGUCGCCGGAGAAGCCGCUGCCGUUUGAGUACACGACCAAGCUGGACGAGUUUGUGUCGGACUCGGAGUACAACUCGUCCGACGACGAAGACGCGGACGACGAGGCCAACAACAAUCGCGACGCCGAGGAAGGCGGGCGGUCGUUUUUAAAUCCGCUGGAAAAGGCCAAGCUGACGCAUCUCCUGGCGCGGCUACCGACUACGUUGGGGAGGCUACGAAAGGGAGACAUUGCGCGCAUCACCGCCUUUGCGAUUACGCACGCCAGCCGCGGCGUGGACGAGGUGGUGGACAUGAUGAUUACCAACAUUGAGCGGCCGUUUUCGCUCGCGGCCGCGAAUCCCGAGUGCGACGGCGACCGGGCGCGGGAAAAGGCGGCGGCCUCGACGGCCAACGACGAGGGGCCGCCGGACCUGAGCGGCGCGAGCCUGAUUGGGUUGUACGUGGUCAACGACGUGCUGUCGUCGUCGUCGACGAGCGGGGUGCGGCACGCGUGGCGGUUCCGGCAGCUGAUGGAGGCGGCGCUGCGGGCGCGCGGCACGCUGGCGUGGCUCGGGCGCAUGGCGGAGCGGCAGGGCUGGGGCCGGCUGCGCGCGGACAAGUGGAAGCGCAGCGUCGGGCUGGUGCUGCACCUGUGGGAGGGGUGGUGCGCGUUUCCGGCGGCGAGCCAGGCGCUGUUUGCGCAGAGCUUUGAGAACCCGCCGUCGCUGCGGCCGGAGGUGACGGACAAGACGCAGGAGGAAGGCGGCGGCGAGGUCAAGGAUGCUCGGUGGAAGCUGGUCGAGGCGAGGGAGGAGGAGCAGCAGGAGGAGGAGGAUGAUGUGGAGGGGGAGCCGAUCGAGGAGGAUGAUGUGGAGGGAGAACCGAUUGAGGAAGACGAUGUGGAGGGAGAGCCGAUUGAAGAAGAUGAUAUUGUCGGUUCGCCAGUUGAUGAGGGCGAUGUCGCGGGCGAGCCCAUGGACGAGGACGAGGGGGCGCCGAGGACGGCUCAGGCUAGUAGUGGUGCGCCGGCGGAGUCGUCAAGUUCGGGAACGGGGCUCGGGCAGCCACGGAGACGGAUGCGGGCGGCGGACAUGUUUGCCGACAGUGGCGACGACUCUGACGAAUGA